AUGCGCGGCAUCCCUCUGCACGCGCACGAGGCGGCCGAAGCGCUCUCGCUCUCGCUCGAGGCGCAGGCGUCGCUUGCGUUCGCGCACGAGGCGGGUGGAGCCGAGCGGUACACGUUCGAGGCGGCUGCGAGCUGGUGCAGGGACAAGUGGGGCGGGCAGACGAGGCAGAGAUGGGCGACAGCGGCGGCCGUCAAUGCGCUCAACGCGCGCAGCUUUCGCGAGCGUGGGCGUCGGCGCGAGGGCGUCAAGGACCUCGUCAACGAUCUCGACCUCCUCUUUCUGCAAGCCGGCGUCGUCGACGACGAGUCUCGCAUGCGCGUUCUCAUCGGCACCUUCUUCGAGUUCCCCCACGCCGUCGCGCGGCUCUCGCGCUCGUCGAGCUACGGCGCCGCCGUCACCGAGGCCCUGUCAUGGGAGGCCGACAUGAUCCGCAAAGAGCGCGAUGCUCUCGCCGCUCGUGUCUGCGCCCCGCACCUCGUCCACCUCGUCCCUCGCCCGACGACCGCGCCCGACGACCCGUCGCUCGACCGCCCGCGCCACCCUACUCGUCCAACCUGUCCGCCUGUACGCGCCCAUGCGCCCGAGCCCGCGUGGCCCCACCUCGACGACGAAGCGCGGCGCCAAGGCGAGGCGACGAGGCUCGAGCGCGGGCCGCCACUCGACGAGCGCGACCACGCCACGUCGCUCGGCCGCCCUCGCCCGUCACGCUCGACCGAGACGCUCAACAUCUCGCUGCGGUCGGUCGAGUGCGGCACGGUGCGCGAGUCGUCCCACGACGCGCCUCGAGCGCAGAGCUCGCUUUCGCGCUACUCGGACGGCGGCCACGACGCGCUCUUCCGCCCCUCUCUUCCACCUCGACACCGCCCUGAGCCCCCUCCCUCCUUCAACGCGACGAGCCCUGGGGGCGGCGCGACGCUCGCCGUCCCGCCGCAGCGCCCCUCGUUCUCGACGGCGCGCUCGGUCACGCCGCCGUUCGUCACCGAGGCGACGUCGUUUCGCUCGUCGUUCACGUCGGCAGGCGAGGGCGAAGGUGACGGGGCCGGCCGCGUUGCGCUGUACGAGGCGUUCCCGUACCCUGCGCGAGCGAGCCCGGGCGAGGCGAGGGUCCGUGCGGCGCUCGAGGAGCGUGUGCAGCGGGCGCCGGCCUGGGGCGUCGGCGAGGCGCUCUGGCGGGCAGCGUCGCCAACGCCAGGUCGCUCGGAACGGCACGGACUGGCGUCGCAGCAGCGGUCGGGCGACGAGCGGGACGAGGGCAGGACGCUUGGGCAGGCGUCCCGGCUCGCGAAGCUGUUCAAGCGCUCGCUGCACGGGCGCGGGCACGGGCGAGGGCGGUCGAUCGGGAGCGCGGCGGAGCUGUCGAGGCUGGACGAGGAAGGGAGGGAGGCGGUCCAGAUUGGGAGGCCGGCCAAGCCGAGGGGCAAGGUCGUCAGGGAGGGGCUGCAGCUGCCGCCUUGA